AUGCUCUACAAACACGAAGUAGGGGCAUUAAUGAUAACGUAUAAUUACUUUAAAUUUUCUUUGCCUUCUAGGCUGCCAUUAAAUAUUAUUUAUAAUGCCUACUAUUUAAACGUCAGCUAUCAGACUAAUUUCAUACUAAUAGCAAAUACAAAAUUAAAAAAUUCGAAAGCAAUAAAAGCUAUCACUUCUGUUGCAGAUGAUCCAAUUAUCCUACAUACAACUGAAUCUAAAAAUGAAUUUCUUUACCCAAACGUUGGCUCUUGUCCACUUAUGAAAAAAUUUUAUAGAGCUGUACACAAACAUAAUGAGUUUGAGUCAGCAGGUCGUAGAAUCUUUCAUGACGUCCUUCAAAUUGAUGACAUGAAGAGUCUCUAUGAAAAUAAACUUUUGGCUAAGAAUCAUAUUGAUAUAUUAGAUGAUUUAGAGAGUAGGAGGGCUCAUGGUAUGGCAUUACCGGAUGUCCUUAUUGAUCACUACAGCCAAAUUAAAGAAAUUGGCUACAAAGCGUUAUGUAGCUUAUUCAGUGAAAAUGUAUUACUGAAAGUCUCCAGCGGAAGAUUUAUGGAUGAUAUUCUAAAAAGAAUGGAUGCUGUAGUAAACAAUCAAAGAAUUAUGGAUUUACCAAUCAUGUUAAUUACAUGCUUUCGUAAUAGCCCUACUAGACUAUGUCUUUAUUCUGCUCAUGAUACCUCAUUAAUCGUAUUAUCGGCUGCGGUGACUGGAAAGUUACCAAAUGCAUGGCCACCAUUUGCCUCGUUUUUGGUGUUUGAGCUCUAUCGCACAUUUAGUGGAAAACACUAUGUUAAAGUGAAAUUCGAAAAUCAGGAUUUGGUAAUCAAUAACUGUGGCGGUUCUACAGAAUGCCCUUAUAAUCGGUUUCGGGAAAUUGUAUCGGAACUAGCUCUAGAAAGCAAGGAGUUUGAAGAACUAUGCAGUAUACAGGAUGGGAAUUAA